AUGCCUCCACGCAUUUGUCCGAACCGACGAGAACGGAACGCGUUACUCAGCGGUGGUGGCGGCGCGUUUAGUCGGCAGUCGUCGCCACGGCCUCUCUUCAGUCAGCGAGAGGAAAGAGGGUGUCUCUUCGUCAUUCGACAGGUCAGUAGAACUGCAGGAAACGAGCGUGUAAGAAAUAUCCCGUACAACGACCAAAUGGAGCAGAACGACGAAGAAGGGCUUCGGGUCCGUUUUUCAGUCGAUUUUUCUAAACGUCUUGAUUGUUCUCGACGACCAGCCGGUGACCUGACCUUGCUACUGAGUUUAGCUGUGCCUAAAGUUAAAAGUUUGGAUGACACGACUGGCCUCAACAUCUAUCCGAAUGUGCGCAGCUCUUCCGAUGGACGCUGCAACAAUUAUGAUUGA